GCGCCUCUGAAUCUCAUCCAUCAAAAAAUGGAAAUUCCUCUCCGGCAAUGCCUGAUCCUCAUGGCUUUCUCUUUGUGCUUACACUUAAACACCCUGGUGCUGAGUGAAACAAACAUUUCAGGGAUGAUGCCAGCCUCCAUUGGGAACCUUAAGAUGUUGUCAACAAUGGAACUCCCAGGCUGCAAUUUAAGAGGGUCAAUUCCAAACUCGAUAGGAAGCCUUGCAAAUCUGCUUCUUUUGGACUUGUCUUGGAAUCAGCUUUCUGGGUCCAUUCCAUCUCUCAGUAUGUUGAAAAAUUUGACUGAUUUAGAUCUCUCUUAUAAUAAUUUGUCAGGUCAGAUAAGUUCCACCAACUGGGAAAACCUUUCAAAUCUUGCAAAUCUUUGGCUGCAUGACAAUUUACUAGAGGGAACUAUUCCCUUGUCUCUGUUUUCCCUUCCAUCUUUGCAGCUUGCACUUCUCUCAAACAACCGGUUCUCUGGUCAAAUUAGUAACUUCCCGGUUGUAUCUUCUUCUCAGCUGACCGAGCUUGAUUUGAGCAAUAACAGGUUAGCAGGUUCAAUACCUAGUUCUUUUUUCAAGCUCCAAGGUCUUCAGCUACUCACUCUUUCUUACAACAACUUUAGUGGCACUUUAGAGCUAAGCAUCAUCCAGAAACUUGGAAAUCUUUCUACACUUGAUCUUUCUUUCAAUAACAUAUUGGUGGAUGAUGGUUUUUUUCGUAAUAUUGAUUUCACCAGUUUCCCUCAAUUGGUGGAAUUAAGGUUGGCCUCCUGCAAGCUGAGGAAAUUUCCAAGUUUCUUGAAAAAUCAGUCAAAUAUGUUGGCUUUAGAUCUUUCAAGGAACCAAAUUCAAAGAGAAAUACCCAACUGGAUAUCUAAGCUCCCUUUGCAAUUGCUCAAUCUGUCACAUAACUCGUUGAGCGAAGUAGAUGCAUCUUUUGGUAAUCAUAAUUUUAGUUCUGAGAUACUAUUAGACCUCCGUUCUAAUCAGCUCCAAGGGGAUAUCUCUCAUAUGAUGACGUUAGCUCGAUACAUGGACUAUUCAGAGAAUCGGUUCAGCUCUGUUAUUCCUGCUAACAUUGGUAAUUUCCUGAGCAACACUUUGUUUUUCUCAAUCUCAGGCAAUUGUUUUCAUGGAGUCAUCCCUGAAUCAAUUUGCAAAGGAAAACAACUUCAAGUCCUCGAUUUGUCCAAUAAUUCUUUAAGCGGCACCGUGCCUCAAUGUUUGAUUGCUAUGAGUCAGAGUAACAUCUCAGUUGAUUCAAACGGACUGGGCGUCCUGAAUUUAAAGAGAAACAACUUGACUGGCACAAUUCCUGAUGUAUUUUCAGUCAAUUGUGCAUUACAAACUCUGAAUCUCAAUAAGAAUCUCCUGCAAGGAAAGAUUCCCAAGUCCUUGGCCAACUGCAAAAUGCUUAAUGUUUUAGAUGUGGGGAACAAUGGGAUUAAUGAUAGCUUCCCAUGUUGGUUGAGCACCAUAUCCAGUUUGCAGGUUCUUGUUUUGCGAUCCAACAAAUUCUGUGGGCCCCUUGAAUGCCCAGUGAGUAAUGAAACCUGGCCAUUACUUCAGAUUGUUGAUCUAGCUUCUAACAAGUUCAGUGGAAUGCUGCCAGAAACAUUCUUUGAGAUAUGGACAGCAAUGAUGGUUGGAAAAAGUGGUGCCCCCGCUGCACUAGAUUUCCUCAAUUAUAAUAUUCCAUUUGGUGCAUAUUAUCAAGAUGCGGUGACGGUCACCAGCAAAGGUUUAGAGCUAGAGUUAGUGAAGAUCUUAACAAUCUUCACCUCCAUUGAUUUUUCAUGUAACAACUUUGAAGGGAAGAUACCUGAAGUGACCGGGGGAUUGACGGCACUCUAUAUUCUCAAUUUGUCACACAAUUCUCUUGUGGGUCCAAUCCCUUCAUCUCUGGGGAACUUGCAUAAUCUCGAGUCCUUGGACCUUUCUACUAACAACUUGAGUGGCAAUAUACCUCAGCAGCUGGGAGGCCUGAAUUUCCUAUCAACCCUUAAUCUCUCACACAAUCAAUUGGAAGGAAGAAUCCCUAAAGGAAGUCAAAUUCAAACAUUUACAGAAGACUCCUUCAAAGAUAACAAGGGAUUGUGCGGGACCCCUUUGAAGGAUUGCGGAUCUGAUGUGCAGCCACCGUCUAGCGUACCCACAUCCAAAGGCAACAAUUCAGAUAAUGGAACCAAGAUUGACUGGAAUCUCAUAAGUGUUGAAGUGGGAGUUGUUUUUGGCUUGGCCAUUGUCAUUUUACCACUUCUGUUUUGGAAGAGAUGGAGGAUAUGGUAUUACACACGUGUCGACAGUGUUCUUUUCAGGUUUUUUCCUCGGCUAAAUCAAAGAGGCAGAAAUCGUGGGCGGAGAGCUCCAAGGACACGAGAGAGAAGGAUCUAGCAGUCUAGCACCGUAGUGACCAAAAGGGAGCCCUACGUGCUGAUAUAGUUGUCACAGAAAUAAGAGAUGCAUACAUCCAAUUUCUUGUUUGUUAAUCUGUAAGCCUUUCAAACAACCUCUACGGUAUGAUAUUGAGAGGUUAAGCUAAAUUCCUAUGCAUGUAGUUUCUUCUCUUUGCAAAUUUCUAGUUUACUUUAUAUUAAAGAAACUUAUAAAUUGCAUUGCCAAUG